UCUGCAAAAUGGCUUGAAAGAUCCGGCCAUGAUAAGAAGGAAAGCGCCUUUGGUUUAAUUGCAGUUUCGAGCCGUUUCGGUUGUAAACUGAAACUUGGCAAGAGGUCCAAAACGCAGAAUUUUAAUAUUUCAAAGUAGAAUUGUGGUCAUUUUGCGCUGUCGAAUCAGAAAACGUGACUUACCGCUGCAAGGAAACAGAUUAAUAUAGGCAAGUCUUCCAGAAUGGAUUAUACAUGUCUGUAAAACUAUCUUUGGUACUAGCAGUAGUGGUUGCGGUGGCCGCGGCCCUAGUCGCCGCGCUGCUGGCUGUGUUGUGCAAAUGCUGCUGGGUAUGGUGGCGUUACCGCCGGACACAUCUCAGGCGCAGCGCCUCUCAAGAGAGUUAUGUCAUCACUCAAAAGAAGCAGUGGCCUGGGGGAGGAUUCACUUAUCAAACAUACGAGAACGGUUCCCUCGCGGACCAUGACAGUAUGUCCAGCGGCGAAGAGACAUACAUCGUUGAGACGCCUGGAAAAUUUUGCAAACUCCAGUUCUGGCUUGAUUUGAAUAAAGAAGAUGAUGUUUUAAUCUUAAGACUGGUGCAAGCCAAGGGAAUCAUUUGCACGAGCAACGUUCAAACAGCUUAUAUUUACCCUGUCAUACAGCUGUACAAGGAAGGGACCAGUUUGGACGAAAGGGAAAUUGAAAAACAGAAAAUGACUUUUGAACCGCAAUGGAAUGAAGAAGUUUUGUUUUCGUUGGAUGGGCAUCCUGUUGAAACACUUUCGUUUUGCAUUCGGUUGAUCGAAUUGGACUCGUUUUCAAACUCUCAUCUGAUUGGUCAGGUGGACGUAUCGCUGGAAGAGGCAGACUUCACAGGGGGCUCUGGAAAAUCACAACCCAAGUGGUACGAUAUCGCGUGCGACUCGAAGAAACCAGCUCACGAGUACGUAGGUGAGCUGCUUGUUUCGUUAAACUACUUCCCUACAACACAACGUCUGACAAUUGUGAUCCUGAAGGCGCGGAACCUCAAAAUAGACUCUACAUCCGGACUUUGGGGCCCGACAGUCAGAGUGAUUCUUAUGUUGAACAAAACCAGAUUGGGUAAGAAGCGGACCGCCAUGCAAAAAAAGACUUUAAAUCCAGUUUACAAUGAGGCUUUUACAUUCAAAGUUACAUCAGAGGCCUUACCGAAAGUUACCUUCAAGGUCCUUGUAGUCAACAAACAUUCACAUGGUGCCGAGCAAACAGUUGGUCACGUGCUGCUGGGUCAGCAGGUGACCGGAAGUGGAUUUUCUCAUUGGAACCACAUGUUAGCCUCGUUGCGGAAGCCCAUCGCCAUGUGGCAUCCCAUAAUUCCUGGCGCGUGAAGCUGUGCUGCGGACGCGAAUUGUGAGUGAAGUAUAUUUAUGCGAGAAGACUAAAUUGUAAAUAUUGACUUAAUAGAGAAUAUUACAAAUAAGUAUUUGAAAGUGCAGGCACUGUAGUACAAAACGGUGAAUGGA